CAGUCCCCAGACCCAGACCUCCUCUGUGUGAGAGUCAGUUCCCAGACCUCCUCUGUGUGAGAGUCAGUUCCACUGUGAAUCACUAUGAUGAGGACACUACUGCUGCUGUGUGUGACUUUCUGCUGUCUGAGCCUCUCUGUGGCCGGUGACAGCUCUACCUCUCUCCCGGAGGAGAACGGGGUUCUGCUGUUGAAGAAGGACAACUUUAACCGAGCUCUCAAACAAAACAAACAGCUGCUGGUGCACUUUUUCGCUCCUCUCUCUGGGGAUUCCCAGCGGCUGGCGUUGGCGUUCCGUGGAGCCGCGGAGCAGCUGAUUGGUUCGGAGGUGAAACUGGGCGUAGUCGACGUCUCCAAGGAAACCAAUCUGACCAAGGAACUGAACGCCACGACUCCACCCCCUCUACGGCUCUACCUAUCAGGAGACAGACACAACCCUGUACCCUGCCCAGUUUUCCAGAGUUCGGCCUCCAUCGUAACGUGGCUAAAGAGGAGGGCGGGGCCUAGCGCUGACAUCAUCACUGACCUGAACCAAUCAGAUCGCUUCGUCGCCUCAGAGGAGCUGGUUGUUCUCGGACUGUUUAAGGACGUGGAGCGAGGUCGUGUGGAGGUUUUCUACGCCGCCGCCGUUGACCUCCCUGACCUCCCUUUCUCUGUGACCCGGAACCAAGACAUCUUCAGGAAGUAUGACAUCACACAAGACUCCGUGCUGCUAGUCCGACAGUCUACCCCUGUACAGGUAUUGAAGGUAACCUGUCAGACUAAAGAUGAUCUCAUCUCCUUCAUCACCAUUCAUCAACUGGAGCUGGUUACUGAAUACAACGGACAGACAGCCAGCCGUAUCCUCUCCUCUCCAGUGUUAAAUCACGCCAUUCUGUUUGUCAAUAAGACUGAUGAACGGUUUCAGACGGUCUACUCUGACUUCCAGGCUGCUGCUGCCACCUACAGGGGAAAGGUAUUAUUUGUGAUGGUAGACGUGGACGAGCCGAGGAAUGGUAGAAUGUUGGAGUAUUUCCGUGUCCGGGAGAGUGAGGCUCCGAUGGUGCGAUUGGUUAAUCUGACGAGUCACGUGACCUAUCACUUGCCGUCCGACACACUGGACACGCCCACCAUUAUAGCGUUCUGUAAGACCUACCUGGAUGGCACCGCACAGCCUAAGAUGCAGAGUGAGGCUCUGCCUGCUGACUGGGACCAGAAGCCAGUUAUACAGCUGGUAGGAGAGAACCUGGAGAGACUGGCCUUCAACCCUGACAAGACAGCCUUCAUAAUGUUCUACCUGCCCUACAGUGAAGAGAGUCGUUCUCUGUUCCCACUGUGGGAGGAGUUAGCCCUUCACUUCCUGGACAGAGAGGAAGUUGUCAUCGCUCGCAUCGACGCCUCAGCCAAUGACUUCAACCUGUCGAUGAGAGAACGCUACCCCGCCCUCCGCCUGUUCCCCGCGCUGCACGCAGAGAGGGUGGUAGCCUACUCUGGUCAGAGGAACCUGAAGGAUCUGGUGCAGUUUCUGGAGAAAGAGAUGGAAAGAGCCAAGAAGGACAGGGCCCAAGAGGAGGAGGAUCGGAGGAAGUACAUUGAGACUCAGAAAGCUAUUGAGGCCAAAGAAGCAAAAGAAGCCAAAGAGGAAAAACAAGAGCUGUAGUGUGUUUACCUGUAGAAUAAAACCUGUAGUUAUAGUAGCUGUAACCUAGUAGUAUAAAACCUGUAGUUAUAGUAGCUGUAACCUAGUAGUAUAAAACCUGUAGUUAUAGUAGCUGUAACCUAGUAGUAUAAAACCUGUAGUUAU